AUGCCUGCCAAAGUGUCCACCAAGCUUAGCAUUGCUUUGCAACGAGGCGUAGUGAAGAGGUGUCACUUCCAGGAGAAGUUCAAGCCAGUGUGCUUUGCUCCUCUGAGGGUGUCCGAGAUCUGCUACGAGGACGGCCAGCGGUACGAGAUUUUCUUCGACCAAGUCCUGGGAUCCGGAGCUCAGGCCGCCAGCCUUCAAAGCCAAGAUGUGGAAUGGUACAGAGGCGAAGCCGAAGAUGGCGAGUCUGUGGCCAUUAAGGUCAUUCCCACGUGGCGACUUGUCCUCGAGCCUGGCUGCGAGGAAAGAAAACUCGCAUCCAUUAAUGGCGAGCUCGACACGCUGAGAAUGCUCGGCAAACAUGAGAACAUAGCUGGGCUGCUGUCCACGGCCAGUGUGAACACUGUGGACGGCACCGGAAAAGUCAGACCCCGGUACAAGGUCGUGGUCAUGGAGGUGGUGCAGGGCAAGGAGCUGGCAGAACACAUUGCGUUCCAAGGGCCUCUGAAAGAGUCGGUUGCCAGGCACGUCUUCCUUCAGGUCUUGGACGGGCUGUCUUACAUGCACUCUCGUGGCAUCAUCCACCGGGACCUGAAGCCCGAGAAUGUCAUGGUCACGGGCGACGUGAUCGACCUGCACAGUCAAGUGAAGCUGAUCGACUUCGGAGUCGCCAAAUGCAUCGGCCACGGCCCCCUGAAAACCGUUGUCGGCACUCCGACCAUUAUGGCCCCUGAAGUUGCCAAAGCAAAGCUGGGACAUGUUGGAGCAGUUCAUGCGACCUUCAGUUGGGAUGGCCCGCAGCCAGGCGUUUCUGUGUUGUCGCCAUCAGCAGCCGAUGCCAGGUCGGAGCCACUAUUCUGCCCGAAGGUGGAUGUUUGGUCCGCCGGCAUUUGCCUGUACACCUGCCUGACGGGAUCUCUGCCGUUCAGGACGGAAUUGGAGAUCAUCAGGUCUGAGUACGACAAGCGUGCCUUGGUCCAUUGCUCUGAAGAAGCUAAAGAUCUCCUGGACAAAAUGCUGGAGAAGGAUGUGUCAAAGCGCAUCACGAUGGAGGAAUGCAUGUCCCACCCGUGGCUGGGCUGCUCCGCAGAAGACGGCUGCACAAUAGACGCGGACGCCUUGUCGCGUGAGGACGACUUGUAUGACCCAUUUUUUUGA